AUGCAUGUAUACACCGCAAUCGUCGCUGGUGCCGCCAUGAUGCAAAUGGCAUCGGCCAAUUGCAAAAUUGGCAACGCAGAAUGCGAAUGGUUCGGCACAUCCACAGAAUGCGGCACAACCAACAGCUGGAUUGGCGACUGGGACGAGGAAGGCAGACAACUCAGCUACUGGACACGGAGAAUGAGCAUAGGGUCCCUCUAUGCUAAGUAUCCAGCCCUAGGGGAGGACUGCUACAACGAUUACGGAUUAGGAUGUGUCGGCGGCUAUAAACGCCUGUGGUGCAAGGAAGAGACGACGACAGAAGUGCAGUGCAGUAGCAGUGGCAGUGACCGUGACCUGUCCGCGACAGAAGCAUUUGCCGGUUCGCUAUCAAUGUCGAAGUAG